AUAAAAACCUCGGCGUAGCGUCGUAGCAUUACACGACGAUCGUGUCGUGGUGUCUCUUUCGCUCUUACGUACACUUGUCCGUCCCGAUGGACGGAAACUCGUCCAAACAACGCACAUGUGUGUGAGCACGGAAGUGAUCGUGUGCUGUUGCCUGAUGCUGCUGCUAAUGAAGAGUUUCAGAUUUUUGUGCUAAAUUUCUGUGUCCGAUAAGGGGCGAUUGAAUAGCGAGAAAUUUACGACCGAAACUGUAAUAUGAUCGUGGACGUGGAUGUGAUCGAGACGAUGAUAUCACGCAGACGCCGCUAUAGCUGGACAACGCGUCUGCUCGCCAUCGGUUGCUGCUGUCUGCUCUCGCUCGCCCGGGCCCAAACGGCAAGCGAUGCAACGUCAGCAUCUUCCAGCGAUCCGGUGGGCGCAGUCGUCACGGCGGCGGACGUGUCGGAUGAGUAUGACCGGCCGGAAGACGGCAGCAGCUUCAUCGAUCAGUACGAACAGGGCGUACAGGCGUACCUUUCGAACGAAUGGGAAGACUGUGUGUACUUUCUCGAGCGUGCGUUGGAGGGCUACCGGACGUACUACGAGUCGGUCGCCAACUGUCGGAUGGAGUGCGAGUAUGCGGCACGGGACGUGAAGCAUCGGGGGGACUUUCUGCACGGUAGCAACAUCGACAAUCUGCAGCACUACGAGCUGAUCUUGCGCCGUACGCUCUGCCUGUCCAAGUGUGCCCGAAAGUAUGCGAUCUAUCGGUAUCUGCCGUUCAGCGAGGACUUUGAUGGUCACUAUAUGGACAUAUUUCAGGAGCUGAAGAUAUAUCCGUAUCUGUACGCUUGUUACGUGAAGUCAAACCGUGUAACACUUGCCGCGUCGGCCGCCUAUACGUACCUGGUGAAGCAUCCGGAAGAUGCGGCGAUGAAGCGAAACUUCGAGGAAGCGAUCGACCUGCCCGGCAUCGAUCGAGACGAGAUACACGAUCUGGAGGAAAAGAAAUUCGUUGACCUGCUUAUUGGUGGAAUCGUGGACGAGCAGGACGGCAACUGGGAGCGGGCGAUCGAGCGGCUCGAAGGUUCCAUCAAGCAGUACAUCUUCGACGAAAACCAGUGCCGCGCGUUCUGCGAGGGUGAAUUUGACCAUGGGUUCCUGCCCGACUUUAUCACCGCCAUCGGAAGUAAAUCACUUACCAACGCACUCUACUGCAAGCGCAACUGUACCUCCAACAUGGGCAUGGUGCGAGGCAAAUACUAUGAAAAUCUAUUCCCGCGCCACUAUCAACAUCUGCAGAAGGCGUACUAUCAUGUGAAAAAGUAUGAGGAAUCUUAUCGGGCCGGUAUGAGCUACCUACUGUUCCACGUCGAUGAUCUCGAUAUGCCGGAAGCGCUGAAAACGAUCGAAGCCGAAGCGAAGGGAGAUGUGACGGCCGUCUUCUUCAAACCACGCAGGGAAGCGGUCGAGUACAACGAACGGAUGCAAUACGAGGAAAAGUUGGCACGAUUCGCCAAACAGGAGUUUGAUCUGCUGGAAGAUGGCGACGGUUCGGACGAGUCGGACUUUGACCAGAUGGAUGUUGAUGAAGUGAUCGAGGAUGACGUUUUGCUGCCGGCCGCUCAGCAGGAGGAAGAUCGUGCAGAGUCGGAACAGGGCGAGGAUACUCAACCACCAGCAGAUGGCAACAACAAUGAGCUAUACCCAAAAGAAACGAUCGGAUAUAACGAUCGCGAUGAGCUGUAAGAGAAGCUAAGCUGGGUGAGAGAUUCAUUUCGCCGUCGAGCAGGGAUCGCCCAUGUAAUCCACCAGAGUGUGCCAUAGCGGUGUGUUUUCUAGGUUAUUUUAGAAAUAUAUUAUAGUCCCACAGUACGUGCAAAGAA